GAAACUGCAGCGUGCAGACGCUAUGAAGGCAAUUCUGCUUCUCCUCUUGUUAAGCACCUGCCGGACGUCAGCCCAGAGUCGUGAGCAGAACAUGUCAAACAUGUGUGCCUUGUCCCGCAACGUCUACUUGAAAACAGACUGUUUGCGAAAGGCAGAAAGCUACUAUGAUGGAGGUGACCGGGAGCUCCUCACGAUCAAACGAACUCUGGAGGAGUGGCACCACUGGCUGGAGAGAGAAAACGUCCCCGAGUACCCCCGACCCGAGUUUCACGUGUCUCACCUGAAACACGACACAGAGCGAGGGGCUUUAUGUUGGAUCAGGACAGACGGUGGCUUCAAGGAUCCUCAUAGAGGCUUCAGGGAUCCACACAAAUGGUCACUGGUGUGGUGGAGUCUGGCCGUGAGACCCGAGGAGAUCCAGGCGGCCGAGAUGAUGCUCCUGAAGAAGACCUACCCAAACCAGACGAAAGAGCAGGCUGCGAAGCAGCAGAGAUUCCUGUGGAGGUUCGCCACCUCUCCAGCCUUCAGUGAGAAGUCCAGGUAUGGCUCAUACCGCUUCACCUUCCCCCUGCAGGAUGUGCUGACCGCCUACAGCAAGCAGUUUUGCUUUGGAGCUACGCCGAUCAUGAGAGUGUUCAGGACCUGCCUGUUCAAACAGGAAGUGCAGUACUCUGUGUUGGUCCACAGCCCAGCCAAUCGGGAGCUCUUCUCAGAUUUUCCUUUACUUCCUGGUAAUGACCCAAAUGCUGUCUGCGCCUACAGAGAUGGACGCUUAAUCUGGAGGUCAGAGGCCAUGUGUGAAACACACAGGUACAAGCUGAUCCACAGACCUGAUACAAGCCAGAUGCACACUCUGAAGUUGUUUAGACAGCCUCAGUUUUAUCUUUGGGAUAAUGUUGCCAUGGCCCUGCAUGUGGAGAACGGACAGGUGGUACUAAAGUUUGAUUCUGACCAACUGAGAGAGAACCUGAAGUUCUGUGAGUCAGACAGACCUACGAUCACACCCAACUUCUAUUUUGAUCAUUUUGAAAAUGCUAAAAUCUUGGUUAACCAAUUGUGGCCUGACUCAGACACCGUGCUGGAGGAAGAGCCUUCACUCGAACUCAGUUUCAAAGAAGAGGAUUAAAGACUGUACUGAAGUUUGAAGCCUGCCUGCAGUGAGACGACGCCUCCACUUUAAUCUCUGUUUGUAUCCUGUUCUGUAUUUUAGACCAACCAAGCGUAUUGUUCGAUAGCGGUAUUACAGCUUUUGAAUUGGCACAUUCAUGGGGUUUGAACCUAUAAAUUCAUACAUUGUUGUGUUGUUUUAACCUUUGGCGAUAAGACAGGUGCAUCUGCCGAGGGGGCGUGGCAGCAAUUUUUCACACCAGCCUAAAAACCAAUGAAAGAACAACAAAAGACUUUUAAUUCAUUUGAAAGCCUGAUGCUUAACCUCGUCCACCCCAACUGUAAAACUCAGAAACCAGUCUUA